AGCGAUAGAAAUGACAAAUAUGGCAGAGGACAGACAGUCCGGACGUCAGGAAUUAGUUUGUUCUCCUUGUGAGAAUAAGGACUGCAAUUGUGCUGAGCACGCCGGAGUUGAUCACCUUUUGAAUCAAAAUUGCGGACAUCAAGUUGUGGAGCAUGAUGGCCACUACGAUUUCGUGAUGAAUGGAAAUCUUCAUCACCUUCACAAUGAUCAUUUUGAUAAUCACGGUAUUUACGAUCCUGAAAAGUGUAAACCUGUGAAUCUCUAUAUGCACAGUAUCCGAAAAUUGGUAAUGGAUACGGUCGGGUCAGAUGGUUUUGGAAUCAUUCCUCAUGACUAUCCCGAGCCUGGUAAUGAAAAGCGUCAGUACAACCUAACCAGUGAGGAAAAAAAGAAUUUUGUGGAGCAGAGAAAUGCAAAGAUCCGUAUGAUGAAGAAAGAUCAGUGCCGUUUGGUGUGUAUGAUGACGCUGACUGGAACUUUCAUGGUUGUGGAGUUCGUCGUGGGUAUUAUUGCUGGCGCUCUUGCAUUGCAGGCGGAUGCCAUGCAUAUGGCGUCUGAUCUGAUUGCUUUGAUUGUUGGUUACUGUGCUAUCUCGCUCUCGCAGAGACCGGAGAACGAGUCGGAUACGUAUGGCUGGUCUCGUUUUGAGGUGGUGGGAGCCAUGGUGAACUCUGUGUUCCUUCUGUCUGUGUGCCUCAACAUUAUCAUCGAGGCACUGACCCGCUUCUUCGAUAUUAGCGAAGCCCAAGAGAGCAUGUCGAAGGGCAGUACGUUGAAUCUGAGCGUGGCCAUUUUGGGUCUGGUCAUCAACAUUUUGGGUCUGUUCUUCUUGUCAUGUGGAGAUGGCGACGGACAUGCUCAUCAUCAUCAUCACCACGGACAUGACCAUGGACAUGAUCACGAUGAAGAGGAAGAGCAUGAUCAUGACCACGAUCAUGACCACGAUCACGACCACGAUCAUGACCAUGAGCACAAGCACGAUCACGAUCACGAUCACGAUCACGAUCAUGACCACGAUCACGACCACGACCACGACCACGACCACAAGGAAGUGAUAGUGUCUGUGGAUAUCGAGGAGGGCAAGCCGAAGGAGAAGAAGAAGAAGCACUCUGCGAACCUGCAGGCUGUGAUUCUGCACGUCGCUGGCGAUGCCAUGGGCUCCAUCGCGGCCAUCAUCUCCGCCUGCAUCGUGAAGUUCGUUCCGGAGGACCAAACAUGGCGAUUCUACGCGGAUCCCGUCUGUUCCAUCCUCAUCGUGUUCCUCAUCCUCUCCAGCUGCAUCCCGCUCUUCAAGAGCGUGCUGAACAUCCUGCUGCAGUCGGCGCCGAAGACCCUGAACAUGGCGAAGCUGCGCGAGAGCAUUCUGAAGGUGGAGGGAGUGCUGUACAUCCACGGACUGCACGUGUGGCAGCUGAACGAGGACGUGACGGUGGGGUCGGUGCACGUCAUCUGCAAGCACGAGUGCAAUCACCAAUUGCUUAUGGACCGCGUGAAGAAAGUGUUUCAUAGCGCGAAUAUUCAUAGCAGCUGCGUGCAGGUGGAGGUGGUGAGAGACCAGGGAGCGCUGGAUGUGUGCAACGAUAUCGUUUGCAAUAAUAAGAACUGCAUUGCUCAUCACUGCUGCGCGUCGCAACGGAUCGGCAGAGAGGUCAAUGGACAGACCUCGGAAAACACGCUGAUCAAGGCGAGCUCCAUCUAA